CGGUUGAGUCUAUAAAUAAAGUUGACAAGUCCGAAGGGUUUGGUUUUUGGAAAAUGAAUAUCCACUUCUGAAACAGUGAAAUGAAAAGAUUUCUUAUAUUUCGCAACGGAUGUUCUACAGAUGGAAAGAUAGUUGGAAUUUCUGAUGCUGGAAAGUUAGACAGUGUACUUGCUGAAGCUGCAAAGAAGCUAGAAAUCAAUGCAAGAGUGUUGUACAAUUCUUUAGGAGCUGUUUUAGAUGAUGCUUCAUUAAUAAGGGAUGAUGAUAUUUAUUAUGUAUCUGAAGGAGAGCCAUAUAGAUCUCCAUUGAAACCUACAGCAAUACCUCCUGUGACAGUUGACGAGAACAAUGACAGAACCUCAGUCAAAGGCCAUACUAGGAACUUGUCUUCUGGAACAACACCAUGCACUGAAUGGAUAACACUUAAUGUUGGAGGGAAAGUUUUUACAACUACAAGGAGUACAUUAACUCAACAAGAUCCAGACAGUAUGCUGGCUAGAAUGUUCUCUGGGGAAAAAUGUGUAUCCUGGCAGAGCAGUGUUGAUGAAACAGGAGCCUACUUAAUAGAUCGUAGUCCACAUUAUUUUGAACCAAUCAUAAAUUAUCUCCGACAUGGCCGAAUAGUUCUAGAUAAAGGAAUGAGUGCUGAAGGUGUGUUAGAAGAAGCCAAAUUUUAUGGAUUUAGAUCAAUGAUCGAUCAUCUUGAAGAAUAUAUUGAGAAAAAUCAGAAAGCAGAUGAUAAUACACCUAUAACAAGGAGAGAGCUAGUUCUACGUCUAUUGGCCACACCUACGGACAAAGAACUCAGAUGUCAGGGUAUGGAUUUCACUGGAGCCAAUUUGUCCAAACUAGAUUUGAGAUAUAUCAAUUUCAAAUAUGCCAUAUUGAAGAAUUCUAACUUGGCUGGAGCCAAUCUGUCUUAUUGUAAUUUUGAAAGAGCAGAUUUAUCACAUACAAAGAUGGAUUCUGCCAAUUUAUUAGGUGCCAAAAUGUUAUGUGCCAAUUUAGAAGGAGCAUCACUGAGAGGUUGUAAUUUCGAAGAUCCUGCUGGGAGUAGGGCAAAUAUGGAAGGUGCACUGAUGAAGAACGUAGAUUUAGAAGGAAGUCAUAUGGCAGGUGUUAAUUUACGUGUCGCUACAUUGAAGAAUGCUAAUCUGCAAAACUGUGAUUUAAGAGGAGCAGUGUUAGCAGGGUCUGAUUUAGAGAACUGUGAUCUAUCAGGGUGUGAUUUACAAGAAGCCAACUUACGAGGGGCAAAUCUAAAGGGAGCUGCAUUUGAAUUAAUGUUGAAUCCUCUUCAUAUGGCACAAACUGUCAGAUAGAACAAAUUAUCAAGAAAUCAUGUCAAUCAGCAUAUAUAUCCAAAUCAUUUCUGUCUCUUCAGUUCCAAUGUCUCAUGUUACUAGUGAAAAAUAUUUGAUAUGUUGAAAUGACAUUGUUAUCAAUGAACAUAAAGUAUAGUGUUAUUAAUGUAUGAUAAGUAUCAGAUUUUAACGAGCCCCAAAAUUGGCAAUUUUUAUAUAUGUUUCUUAGAACUAUGUCACUUUGAAUGGUAGAGGGAUCAAUCCCUAUUAUUAAAGUAAAGAGAAAAUGUUAGUUGUAUACUGAACAAGAAAUAAUGAUAGUGUUAAUCGAAUAAGUGUUUUUAGAAAGAUUGGUUUGAAUGGUAACUAUAUCAACAUUGCGAAUAGUGAUUGGACAUCAAUUUAAUGAUAUGAAUGUAGAAGUUGUUAAAUGAUAGAAGUGCAAUACAAAUAAUUUAUUUAAUUGUGAAAGUCAUGCAGUUUACUGCAAACCUCAUGAUCAAUGGUAUGUUUAUAGACCUAUGUCACUUUGAAUGGUAACGAUAAAUCACUUUUAAUUAAGUAGAGAGAAAAUGGUAGGUAAAACAUUACUAGUAGAUUGAGUUAUACAGAUGAAACAAAAAGAAACAAGACAAAAAUCUGUGUUAAUCAAAUGUCAGAGUGUUUUUAGAAAGAAUGGUUUGAAUGUUACGUCAAUUAUUUAAAAGUUAGGGUGGACUUUGGUAAAAAACAUGAAAAACAUUAAUUUUCAUCAUCAUCUGUAUGCAAACAUGCACAUUUACAUCUUUUCUGAAAACAAUAGUUAUUUGAUAUUUUUAUAAUAAACAGGCUUCAUGGUAACUAUAGCAACAUUGUUUUUAAAAAAAUUCAAAAAGACAAUGAUAGGAAAAUAAUUUAUGUGCAAUAUAAUUUUGUAUUUGUAUGGUAGUUUCUAUGCAAUUUCUUUGAUUAUGUCUUUUAUAUAUACACAUACUCUUUUUGAUUAUUUCCUCAGGAAUGAUUAAGGAGUUAUAAUUAUGUUAAUAAUCUCCAUUAGGAGUUGCUGGUCCUUUGCAUAGCAAGUGUAUUCAGGAUGACUCUAUCUUUGUGUCACAUUCUCACACAGGUUUUAACUGAAGGAUAUUUGAAGUCUCUGAUUCUAUAUGUAUUAUAAAUUGAUAAGGGGUUUUAAACAAUUGCAUUUCCAGUUUGGUUGGUAAUUAGUGGCUUCCUUAGAUGGAAAUCAGUCUUAAAAAUAAUCAUUAUUUAACAUCUCAGACCAGUAAAAGUGGAUUGUAAAAUAUAUUUUACUUCAAGUGUCCGGUGGGUUGGUGAAUACUUAUGACCAGCUUGGUGUUUCUCUAUAUAUUUAUGCCCCCGCCGUAGCGGAGGGGGCAUUAAGUUUUACCCUUGUCUGUCUGUACAUACGUACGUACGUCCCAAAGUUGGUUUCGGUUCUCUUACUUUAUUUUGCCUCAACCAAAUGUUAUGAAACUUUUACCCAAUGCUUAUUACCACAAAACACAGAUCAGGUUUGAAUUUUGGUGGCGUCAUUUUAACCGUUCUAGAGUUAUGCCCCUUUACAAAUGGAAAAAUUGCUGAAAUUUUCCUUUCCUUUCCCUAACUUUAGUUUGCCUGAACCAAAUGUUAUGAAAGUUAUACACAAUGCGUAUUACCACAAAAUACAGAUCAAGUUUGAAUUUUGAUGGUGUCAUUUUUUUAAUCAUCAAUCUUAAGUUAAGCUCUCUGAUAAUCAUAACAUAUGUGUGUAUUUAUAUUUCAUCAUUAGAUAUGAAGAAGCAGCUUUUUAACAAUGUAAGAGAAUUUUGUUUUGUUUUUUUGCCAAUAUAUAUAUAAUUGUAUUUUUGUUAAAAUGUUGUUUUGUGAAUAUUAAAUCAGCAUUUAUUAAAUUAGUCGGAAGACAUUUAAUAAAAAGUAAAAAUUUUAAAAAA